AUAUCUUUUUAUAAAUGAUCUGGAUAUGUUUAAUAGUAUUUUAUCCUAUAAGAUAUAUCAUACCAACUUUUAAACUUCUGGUAACAUGACAUAGCAUGUUGUUCUACUUAACCUUAAUAAAAGUUACAGCCAUUAUAAUUGCAAAAAAAGACCGCUGAACUAUGUGCAGGAACAUCAACUUUUUUUUUGAUUUUCUUUCUCAGAUGAGUUUAUAUCAAAUUUAAACAGUAAUAGUUAAAUAGAAUCAGAUCAGAUUAGAUCAAAUCAACACAACACAACACAACACAACAUGCCUUUAGCUCAUAACUUGAAUAAAGUAAAGAAGAUUGCUUCAAAGUCUUCAGCUUCCAUGCAUGUCAAAGGAAGAAAAUUCAAACAAUUAAACCGUGCUACUUUAAGAGAUAAGAAAAUCACUGAAAAGAAACAAAAAUCAUUAGAACAAAAGACCAAUGAAUUAUCCAUAUUAUUCUUUUUACAAAAGAUCAUUAAUGAAGAUAAGGAUUUCAAAGAUGUUGAAGUGUUUAGUUUCACUGAAAUGAAAUCUUUCAUAGGUUUAUUCGUCAGUAGAUUUGAUGAUGAGUUAAAUGAAUUAAGAGAAGAAAGAAGACCCGGUAGACCUCAAACUAGUAGACAACAAAAUCUUGAAGAAAAAGUUAAACAUGAAUCUCAUAUCUUUGAUACUGGGUAUUAUGGUCCUGAUUUAUCCGAUAAAGAAACUGUUAAGCGUUUAAGAUUAUGGAAUGGAACUUCAGGUGCUACCACUGGUAUGAAAUUUGUACGUAUUUCAAAAGAUAUGACUGAAUUGCCAACCAAAGAACUUGAAAUGAGUUAGAGUUUCUUUCAUUCAAUUGUACCAUAGUUCAUAAAUAAAAAGCAUCUUAUAAGGAAUAAAUAUAUCAUAGAGUACCAGGUUUUUUUAAUACAUUUUCUUUUCUUUUUUUUCUUUUUUUUUUUUUAAUAAUAGAAAGACAUUUCAUAUAUUUCAAUAUAUAAUCAACUUUCAAUGACAAACAAAACAAUCAAACAGUAGAAAUAUGUGUUCUUUUUGAAUAUAUAAUCAAUCAACAAAACUAAUAA